CAUACACAAAUUCGCUGUCAUCUACCAAAAUGACCCCAUAAUAACAUGUGUACGCCAAGAUUCCCCGCGAGCAGGCACGGCUCCUGCUUACACCAGCUGCUCAAGUCGAAAUCUUCGCUCCUGCCUAAUCAGAGACAAGCUCGCGCAACGGCCGCCAAGGAUCCAAACAACAUUACGAAAUUUUCUGUAAAAACGUAAUGGAAGGAAAUUUAGAGCUCCACGCAAAAGCGCCUGUGGCCUAACCCCGCCUUCAUUGGACAAAGCCAUCUUCCGUCGGGGAGGUCCGCGGUCCACAGCGACAUGACUCGACGCAGGGACCCCUAUGAAAACCUCGGAAAAGAUCAUACUGCUUGGAGACUGCUGCGAUUGAGUCUCGUAGAAAAUGAUUGAAUGACUUUGUCUCUUACCUCAAUUUGAAUCUAUGUUUUGAUAGAGUUUGGUCGACUACACCUCUCAGCGCCCGUAUAUACUUCACCGCCCAGGUCUUGCACCAUGCUGUCUACGACGCCGCCUCCGGCAGACACAAUUGCGUCCGGCAUGGCUGCUCCAGCGACUGUCGAACUCAAGCCCCAUGGCGCGGCGAAUCUCAGCCAGGCAGAGUCUCUGCGGUACAGCAGCGACGACGACUCUGAGUAUCCCGAAGGGGGAGCCACGGCGUGGUCAGUGGUGCUCGGUGCAUUCUGUGCCAUGGUGCCCUCCAUGGGCCUGCUCAAUACCGUUGGUGUUCUGCAAGCCUGGGUAUCCGAGAACCAGCUUCAUGGGUACUCUGAGUCGACCAUUGGCUGGAUUUUCAGUGCAUAUUGUUUCUUCUUGUACAUUGGCGGUGCGCAGGUUGGACCAAUCUUUGAUGCCCACGACAUUCGAUACCUGAUUGUACCGGGUAGUAUCGGCAUUGUUGCAGCCAUAAUGUGUAUGAGCGUGUCGACUGAGUACUAUCAAUUGCUGUUGUCUUUUGGCGUUCUCGGCGGGUCUUCCGCCUGCCUGCUGUUUACACCUGCAGUGUCUGCCGUCGGCCACUGGUUCUACAAGCGUCGAGCUCUUGCGAUUGGUAUUGCCUGUACAGCCGGGGGCGUGGGAGGCGUCGUUUUCCCGCUGCUGAUCCUCUAUCUCGCACCCAUCAUCGGCUUCCCGUGGACAAUGCGCAUCGUCGGAUUUGUCUGUCUCUUCAUGUGCAUCAUCGCUUGCCUCCUGCUUAAGAAAAGACUGCCACAUAACGAGCACGCGGGUGCUUCCAUCGACCUCGCAGCGCUCAAGGACCCCAAGUACGCUCUGACCACACUUGCGGUGUUCCUUAUUGAGUUUUCCGUUUUCGUCCCGUAUUCUUUCAUCUCCCUGUACGCCAUUCACUCUGGCGUGGACCAACAAAAGGCCUAUCUCAUCAGCGCCCUUCUCAAUGUCGGCGCCAUUCCAGGACGUGCACUGCCUGGUUAUGUCGCAGACCGCUUCGGCACAUUCAACACCAUGCUCGCCACAUCACUGACAUGCGCCACGCUCAUCUUUGCCUUGUGGCUCACAGCCGCACGGAACGAGGCAGCUAUCACUGCUUUCGCCAUCGUCUUCGGUUUUUGGUCUGGCACCGGUAUAUCUUUGACCCCUGUCUGUGUGGGCGCAGUCUGCAAGAUUGAGGACUACGGCAAGAGGAACGGAACGACCUUUUCGAUCGCGAGUUUCGCGGCUCUUAUCGGCAUUCCCGCGGCCGGUGCUGUACUCGAAGCCGGCGGAGGAAAUUACACAGGCUUGAUUGUGUUCGCUGGCGGCUUGUAUCUUGCAGCUUUUGCAGUCUUCCUGGUCACAAGGAUUGUGGGUUGGGGCAGCAACUGGAGAACAAUAUGCUAGAGGCAUUCGUUGGCGCAAACGUCUGAAGAGGGAAUAGUCAUGCCCGGGUAUUGUCAGCUUAGGCUAGAUAAAGCGCAAAGCAGCAAUACUUUCGUGAUAACCCACUCCCCGCUGCCAAUUUUCUCCAAUAGCAGAGAAACCCCGACCCGAGUCGACAGCACCCUUGCUGAGGAUUUCACAAGCAGCUAGCAAACUACGCACGAACACCCUUCGUCUCUUUAGAGGGCAUCGCGUCAGAACUUGGCGUUAGAUCCGUGUUCGUCAAAGAUGAGAGCAAAUGGCCUAGCCUCCCCGCAUUUAGGAUCCUCGGAGCAUUUUAGGGAUUCUGCCGCGUCAUCGUGGCCAAGACUAGCAUCGUACAAUA